AAAAGAGCAGCGAAAGCAUGCAAACGUAUAGUACGCUUUGUUAGUUCGUGAGUGUUUUUUUUUUGGAAUAUAAUUUUUCUGUUGCUUUUAAUUAACAAAAACUAAACAAAUAUAAACUAGAGAAAAAAAAAAAAACAAAACUUACAAAAGAAAAUGUAUCUACACGAUAUGAUGGUAUUCAGCUAAAAUUGCAUAGAGCCGCUAAGAAGAAGAAAAGUGCAUUUAUAAAAUACAAAAGUAAUUUUUUAUUUAAUAUCGAUUGGCCACGGCAAACAAGAUAAAAAAGUGAAUUGAAACGAACGAAAUUGUGUGAUUAGUGAAGUGAAAAAGAGUAAAGAUUUGAAGUGAAAAAAUUACAUAUUUUCAAAAGCAAUUAAAUGAGUGAAAUUUAGCUGGAGGGAGGGAGUUAAAAGAGUAUGUCGGUGAAAUAAAGCAGAAUUUCCAAUAAAUAUUAAUUGUAACGAAAAAAGGGGUUAAAUUACAAAACGGGCGUGAAUUUUUGUUUUUUAAAUAAAAUUUUAGAGACUUAUCUCGAGUCUCUUAUGUUUCUAAACAACCUCGACUUUAAAAUGCGCGAUUAAAACGACCUUUAAGAGAAACCUUUUUUGCAAUAAAAUUGAAAUUGAUAUUAGAACGACAACAACAACAGAAUUAAAAAAAAAUUUUAAUAAAAAUGUAAUGAAAUACUUUUGAUAUUUUGAAAAUAAAGUAGAACCAAGAGAAAAGGUAUAAAAAAAACAAAAACAAACUGGAAGUUGAUACAUAAAACUUCCAUUGCAGCAACAUUUUGCCGACCAAACGACUGAACAACAACAACAAAAACGGCAAAAACAAUAACAACAACACACCAGUGAAUACCUAUCUCGUAAAUAUAAAGUGAUUACGGUAUUUCAACAAGUAUCUGUCAAAAACAAAGUAUGUAGUGGUAAAAAUACCAAAAACAUAUACAAAAACAAAAUCAAAACAAAAACAAACAAAAUAACAACAAAAAGGCUUAACCCAAAAAAUAACAACAACAACACAAAAAUCCUCACGGUAUUUGCCACAAAAAUUCAAGUGUUUGUCCAAAAAAAAAAAAAGAUACAGAUACAACAAAAACAGCCAACUAAACAGCAGCAGCUGCAGCAUAAUUUUUGUAUCUUUUUUUUUCACAAAUUCAUCAUCGUCAGCACCUUUGAGAGACGAACCUCUAACUUCAUCGUCCUUGAGUGCGGCACAUAGUUUGCGCACACACACAUCUAUAACUUCAAAUACAUAUUUCCCUCUAAACAACGUCAACCGACAUUCAUCAAACUCCUCUACCAAAUCAACACAACUUACUUUUACACACUCUUCUUCUGCUUAACCUGUUUUACUUCAUAUUUUAUAUCUUUAAUCCACAUCCGUUUAAACAUCCAUCCAUCCAUCCAACGGUGGUACAUUGCAUUGCAAACCUUUUCAGCAGUUGUUUAUUAUUUGUUUGCUGCCUUUGCUGCACUGCAUUUUGUACCCUUCAUCAUGGCGAAAAUGAAUAAUUUUUCAACAACCACUGAAACGCUGCCCAAGAGUGGCCAUGUUACUGAAGUUUGCAAAGAAUGGCUAGUGAGAGAAGAUGGUGCAUUGGCAUAUAAGUUACAGUCGCAAGAAAUUAAUGAUUUCUAUAAAGGCAAUCGCACUCGUAAUGCAGUAGUACGUGAAGAUUUUCCCACAGCUUUACAAGAGCAAAUCAAAGAAAAAGAAACAGCAGAUAAGCAAGUAGAGCAAUAUAGAAGAAAACUAAGAGAGCAGGAAGAGCAUGAUAAAAGAGUGGCCAAAGAAAUAGCUGAUAAGUUAGAGAGAGAUAUACAAGAGCAAAAGCUAAGAGAAUUAAAAGAUAGCGAAAAAAUAGCACAACAAAUGCAGGAAAUCUAUGUUAAUCUACCACCUGUACCACCGCCCUCCGCCAGGGAUAAAUCCAACAAGGUACCACCACCUAGACCAGCCAAAAGUUCUACUUUACAACAACAGCAUCACCAUCAACAGCAACAACCUAUAUCACCUAAUGGUUAUCGUAAUCCUAAUAGUCCACCAUUUCCUAUUGUUUUGCAACAACAUCAUUUUUCCAAUAACGAUGGUUAUGUAGGUUUAGCUUUACAGGCAACGCCAGCUCAACAACGUAAUCACCAUCAACAGACGAAUAGUGCUCAACAUCACCAACAACAAAGAUCUCCCACAAAUAAUAGCAAUCAUAUAGUGGUAGGUGGUGGUGAUAAUAAUUUAUCACCAACACAGCUACAACAACAUCAUCAUUCAUCAUCCUCAUAUCGUCCUGGCUUAUUUGAAUCAUCUUCAUCAGCUUCAAUUGCUUCAUCAUCAUCGACAGGCUCGGCUAGCAGACGCCACAAUAAUGUAUUUGAUUCUCAGCUAACCAUGAAUACAAGUUUUAAUUUACCACCCCCUCUAACACCCAAUUCACCACUUACACCCCUCACGCCCAAAACACCAACACAUGCAUUUAUGCACACACCACCACCAUUGCCACCAAAUCACCCGGCCACCUUAACACCACCCACACCCCAUGCACAGUCAUCCACAAGCCAUCCAGACAUUGAGGAAAUCAUAGAAUAUUCCGAUGUGGCCGAUAGUAUAAGACGUUAUGAUAUCACCAAAUCCCUAGAUACACCAGAUUCAUUACCACAGCACAUUACAUCAACAUCUUCCUCACCAGCACAUCACCAUCAACAACAACAGAGUGCUAGAAUCAAUCGUCUUAUGUCACCAUCUAAUGAAAAUCUUUUAAAAAAUGAUCACAAAUUUCAGAAACUUUCACCGGAGAAGUACGAUCAAAUGGUGGGCAAUAUGAAUGGUUUGUUAAAUGGAACCGGUGCUGCUGGUGGUAGUAGUGUUGCUGCAGCUUCUGUUGUUGCCAAAGAACGUCAGAUUCAGGAACAUGCUGACGACAUAGAGUUAUAUGUUGAUCCCUGUGAUUAUGCCAGUUUGAAGGAAAUCGGUCUACCCAUGCAGGAGAUCAAAGAGAUGAGUGCCAAAUUGAAACAGGAACAGAAAGAUGCGUUAUUGGCCCGUCGUUCAGAACUGGAAGUCCAUGACGGCAUGUCCUUGGAGGAAAGAGAUCGUAUGUUGGCCAUCGAGGCCCAAGAUAAAGAAUUAGCCAAAAUGCUGCAAGAAAGAGAAAAAGCCAAAGCAAAACGUGCCAAAGAGAAGGCACGUCAACGUAAGAGCCAACAGAAGGAGCCACAAACUCUAACCAAUGGUGUACAACCACACAAUGGCCCCCUACAGCCAGUGCCACAGCAAGAUUAUAUGACUUCGUCAUCAACUUCCUCAUCCCGACAUAGUCACACUCUGUCCAAUGACGGUGGCAGUCUACAAUAUCAAAGAGAUCCACCACAAGAAGAUCCCUUAGAUUUAGAAGCCUAUUCCAGUCCAAUAGAUGUCCUAAAACACACGCAACGCACACAAAAUGGUUGCCUAACAAAUGGCAGUUUAACACGAGACAUUGCCAGUCAACAGGCUCGUCAUGCUAGUCUCAAUCGAGAAGAUGAUAUCUAUACACUGCCAGUGGAUAGUUGCCGUCCGGGACCGAGUACCAGUGCUAGACCGGCCUCUAUGAGUGUGGGAGCAGAGACACAAAUACAAACGGGUUAUUCACAGAACUCCAUGACUAGAUCUGAAAACUAUUCCAUACACUCUCAUGACUCUUUGAAUUCACGCCUUAGUGCCGGUUCGAAAACACAAAAUUUUGAUCAAAACUCCAGUCCCACUCCACCUUACAUGCCAAUUCAAGGUACAAGACGAUCAAAUUCUAGCGAAGAUCGUAAAAAGAAAACCAAGGACAAUAAAUGUACUCAUCAAUAAAACUCUACAAGAUAUUUAAAAAUCAAAAAGAAAACUCUCCAAACAUUUAUACCAUAUGCAAACAUACAAUAUUUAUUAUUAUUAUUAUUAUAUAAAACAAUUAAAUUGUUAUUAUUCUCGAAAAUAAGAAUGAUAGAAAGAUUGAAAUGUCUAGUAUUUAUGUAUUUAAUCCCUUAAUCUUAAAAGUACUUAUUCGUCUUACAUACAUAAAAUAAUCAAAUGUCAGUGUUUUUGAAAACUCCAUUAUCUUAAAUGUAACCAAAUAUUUAGACAACAAAUCCACUCUUUUGGACUUUUUAUAACAUAUCAUUAUUUUAGUCUUGAACUUGAAAAUAUUUGAUUUUUUUAUAGAAUUUCUAUACAAAUUACCUAAGAAUAAAUGAACUGACUUAUAACGCUGUUUACACUUUGAGAACCUAAUGUUAUAUCAAAGAAAAGCUUUAGUUAUGUAGCUUUUUUCAAAGUGUCAUUAACGAUAUAUAAUCUUUUUGCUCUCUCUCCGACAACUGUCUCUCUCUGUAGUUAAAUACUUUUUAUAUAAAUAUUUUUUUUGUAUUAAUUUUAUGACAAAAGUUUUAUGUAUUUUGUAGUUAAUUUUUAUGAAAUUUAUUAAAGAAAUUUAUAGUCUUAAUCAAAUCAAAAUUUUCGAAACUAUUCGUAAUCAAAAAGUAUAAAAUAGUAAAAGUAAAAAAAAAAAAAAACACUUUAAGUAUUCAAUAUUUAAGGGUAUUUUCUAUGAUCUAUUAUAAAAUAUUUUUUUUCCUAAUAUUUAAGCUUUACAAA